AGAGAAGCGACGCUACUUUAUGUUUGAGGUCAAGAAAGUAGAUUUUACUCGUUUCCUGCCACCGGAAGCCUCAUAUGUCACUCGAACUGGCUUGACAUCGGGCACACAGGCACAUCAGCUGUACAAGCAAAAGGAAUACUGACCCAAUUUAUUGUACCCGGGACAACAACCUCGACGACACAACACUUCACAGCGACCGACCGAAGUGAAAGCCUGUACCAUUUUCUGUUAAUCCACCAGAAGAAACAGUGCGUGGGACUUGGUAUCCACCAACCUGUCUGCCUAGAAGCCAAUACAACUAUUGACUCCUGCAACUGAGAGAGAGGAAGAGGAGGAAGAAACGACCAAAGAGAGAGAGAGAGAGAGAGAACUUGUCCUCCCUGGAUAUAAGUGGUUUUUGGUCACAGAGAUCAUUGUUCUGCAAAAGCCUCUCAAGGGAGAAGAACCCAUUGAAAAGCCUGUAAUGGCUGAGCUGUCAUCAGCCCAGGUGACCGAGUGCACCUGAGCAUUGCUGCUGUACAGACUCAAAGUCACCACCAGCCUCUGGGCAUUUACUGCGCAGUAAAAAAGGAAAUCAACACUGCUGCGACUUCAGCAAGAAGGAGAAACGUGACUGAAUCCCUCACUUUUUUUUUUUGUCUGGAUUAUUUUUACCUGGAGAUUUUUUCAGUUCAUUUUAUUUAGGUGGCUUACCUGGGAUAAAAAAACAAGUGCAGGAGGACAAAUGACUAUUUGUGGAGUUAGGACUGUCUGAGCUGAGCUGCUUUGGCUCAAGCAUCAACGAGCAGGAAUGCAAAUUCACAUAUGGAAGCAGAAUAUACAGCAUAGUGUUUGAGCAGCUGAGCCUGUGAAGGCCCCUGAGGCGGCCAUGUUGAAUCUUUUUCUCAGAGUGCUGGUGUUGACCCGUCUUCACCCAUCACCUCACAUCACCUCGCUGCCAACCUAAGUCCUCGCUGCCCCUCUCUUCCUGCAUCUCUUUAUUCCACCUCCUGGCUGGGAGAAAGGUCUUUGGUCUUUGAGGAAAAUGUCCUAUGCACACCACAAGCUGCUCACCUGGAGCUUACCUCACCUCCUCCUCCUACCGCUGACCUACCUCUGGCUCUUGGGUCCUACCACAGGUGUGUCAGCAGAUCUCUGCCGGGUGACUGGCGGGGUGCUGGGGAUCCACUGGAGCAGCAUCAUCAGCCUGGGUUGGCACCCUCUGGCAGACGGGAGAGGAGGGGCGACAUGUUGGGAGUCCUGCUGCCUAAAGCCGAGCUGCAACGCCGUGUGGAGCCUCGGUGGGCGCUGUGUGCUUCUUAGCUGCUCCCGGAAGAGGGGCUGCCCCAUCGCUUCCCUGCCACAGCCUCACCAGGAGUCCCUCGGCCUCCUUCAGCUGCUCUCCAAGGGUCCUGUCACAGCCAGACGUAGAAAGGCUCGUCAUGCACCACAUACAGGAAGCCACAGACCAAGCACAGGAUACCUUACCAGCACGGAAAAUCCUAAACUGGAAACAGCUCAUCCAACUCCAACUGUACUCAGCACCAUCACUCUUCUUCAGACAGCCCAAAAGAACCUGAGUCAGUCAACCAAUGGGAGUUCAGACACUGCUCCAGCUCCAUCACAACAAAACUCAACGGUGGAUGACACUGUUGAUACUCAUGCGUCUUCCAACAGCAGUGAUGUCAGCUCACCCACAGCAACUGAAACUGCUAUCAUCACAACUCCAACACAGGCUGUGAGGGAGCUGGUGGUGUCAGCAGGGAAGAGUGUGGAGGUUACAUUGCCCCGCAACGAGGUUGAACUCAACGCCUUUGUGGUCCCAACACCCCCGCCAGGGACAAACUAUGCAUUUGACUGGCGUCUGAUAACACAUCCCAAAGAUUACAGUGGAGAGAUGGAAGGAAAGCACAGCAAGACACUCAAACUCAGCAAGCUGACUGUGGGCCUGUAUGAGUUUGAGGUGACAGUGGACGGAGAGGGGGCUCAUGGAGAAGGUUACGUCAACGUCACAGUCAAACCAGAGCCGCGGGUAAACAAGCCUCCUGUUGCCAUAGUUUCUCCAAAGUUCCAGGGGAUCUCCUUGCCAACCAGCUCUACGGUGAUAGAUGGCAGCCAGAGCACUGAUGAUGACAAGGUGGUGGCAUGGCUCUGGGAAGAGGUCAAAGGUCCCCUGCGGGAGGAGAAGGUCUCUGCCGACACCCCCGUUCUCACCCUCACCAGCCUGGUGCCUGGGAACUACACAUUCAGUUUGACAGUGACAGACUCAGAUGGAGCCACAAACUCGACGCAGGCCACCCUCUGUGUCAACAAAGCCAAGGAUUACCGGCCUGUGGCCAAUGCUGGCCCUAACCAGGUCAUCCAGUUGCCACACAACUCCAUCACUCUGUACGGCAACCAAAGCACCGACGACCAUGAUUCCUUGUCUUAUGAGUGGUCCCUCAGCCCUGAGAGCAAAGACAAAGUGGUGGAGAUGCAGGGUGUACGGACACCAAUCCUGCAGCUGUCGGCAAUGCAGGAGGGAGACUACACCUUCCAGCUGACAGUGACAGACUCAGCUGGGCAGCAGGACACCACCAAGGUCACCGUCAUUGUGCAGCCAGAAAACAAUAAACCACCAGUAGCAGAUGCAGGACCAGAGAAGGAGCUGACGCUGCCAGUUGAUCGAACCACGCUGGACGGCAGUAAGAGCAGCGAUGACCAGGAGAUUGCCACUUACCUCUGGAAACAAACCAGUGGUCCUGCUGAUGUGAAGAUUGAGAAUGCAGACAGUGCUGUUGCCACGGUGACAGGUCUCGAGGUCGGCAGGUACGAGUUCACCCUGACAGUAACUGAUGAGAGGAAGCUGCAGAGCACCGACACUGUCACGGUCAUCGUCAGAGAAGAACUGGAUCAGCCACCAGUGGCUCAUGUUAUGUCGAGUCCACCCAUCUCUCUGCCUGUCAAGACUGCCACUCUGGAUGGAUCUCACUCAACCGAUGACAAAGGUGGAGUCAGCUACCUGUGGACCAGGGACGAUAGCAGCCCUGCUGCUGGGGAUGUACUGAACAACUCUGACCACCAGGCAGUGCUGUUUCUGGGAAACCUGGUGGAGGGCAAGUACAGCUUCAGCCUGACUGUAACUGACAGUAAAGGACAGACCAGCAUUGACAGGGGCACCGUGGAGGUCAAACCAGACAUGUGGGAACGUGACCUGGUGGAGCUGGUGUUGGAGGUCUCUGUAUCCCAGGUUUCGCACCGACAACGUGACAUGCUGCUGCGCCAGGUGGGGGUUUUACUGGGUGUGCUCGACAGUGACAUUAUUGUGCGAGAGAUCAGUGCGUUUAAUGAGCACAGUACUCGUUUGGUCUUCCUGGUGUCAGGCGGGCCGGGGCGCCCUCCUCUGUCUGGCCACAGUGUUGCACUUGGCCUUCGCAACAAACUGCGCAAACAGAAAAAUGACUUUCUCAUCUACAAGGCCCGACGAGUGGAUACAGUCAUCUGCCAGCUGAACUGUUCCAGCCACGGCGAGUGUGACUCGUUCACACGGCGAUGUGUCUGUCACCCUUUCUGGAUGGAGAACUUCAUCAGAGCUCAGCUUGGAGACGCAGAGAGCAACUGUGAGUGGAGCGUACUCUAUGUGACUAUAGCAUCCUUUAUGAUUGUGGUGGCUAUAGCAACAGUUGUCUGGGGGAUGGUGUGUUGCUGCAACAGGCGAAAGAACAAAGUGCGCAGAAGCAAAAGUCGAUAUAAGAUACUAGACGCUGACGAGCAAGAUAGUCUGGAGCUUCAACCGCAAAGAGCUGCCCGUAUGAAGCCGGUUCCCGCGCCCACCUCUUCUGCUCUCAUGCAUUCAGACUCUGACCUGGACAGUGAUGACGGGCAGGGUGGGGUCCCGUGGACAGAGCAGGAGCGCGGGCAUCUCCUGCGGCCCCAGAACGGCUCCCUGAGGAAUGGCCAGGGACCAGCCAGGGGCAAGAAGCAAAGAGAUGAGCUGCUAUAGCAAGAGAGGAGGGGGGAGCUCGCUGCUGCCCUCACACACCCCUCCUCCAGCAUUCACACCCCUCUGUUCCUCACUCUUCCUCUGUCUCCUCUGUUGUUGUUCAACACAAAAACCUCACACCUCUCAUCCUUGAAGACAGACUGUGUGACACCUGGAUUUAAUAAGAGGGAGAGAGGAGAAACAUGCUGGAAACAUGUUGUCCCACUGUCACUGAAAAAACACCACUAUACUGGAAUUUCCCUGAUCCCACACUGAGCCAAUAUGGAGAAAAAAACUACAAUUUCACUGAGAAUUAGGGGUAAGCACUGUGUUUUGAAUAGUUAAAAAAAAUAUAACAUAGACCCCUAUUAUUUAACACAGAGACAAAAAGAAUGUACUGUUACCCCUCUUACUGAUGGCACACGUUAGUUAGAGACUGUCGAAGAAAAGACUAGCCUGAGAGACACUUGACUUUCUGGAUUAAAAAAACAAAAACAAACUCUGCUUCAGUGACACGAAAACCAGCCACUUGACACGCUCACACCAUGCCUCUUGUAGACACGCAUGUACGCACACAAACACGUCACCUUCGCACUUGUUCCAGGUCAACCUGAUGCUACCAAACACUGCCAUGUUAAAACCAAUGGUUAACUCUGCUUGGAGAUUUUGUUCAUGACUCAUCUGAAGGAAAAAUGCAACCAAAACAGCCACCAACAGCAAUGGACGCUCCUCCAAAACAAAAAAAUAAAUAUGUGCAUGUAGAGUCAGAUUGUAUUUCCGGUACAACAUGAUACUGAGACGACUGCCUGCACGUUUGUGUGUUGGGUGUAUGUGUGGAUUUUUCUGGCUUCUGUGCCAAAAGAUGUUUCAUCAGAGCAGUUUGUAUGUUGGUUUUUAUGUCUGUUAUUACCCAAUUACAGACACUAUGUUGUCAGUCAUGGUGGUCAGAGGCAGAAGAUCUUUAAAAAAAAAAAAAAAAAAAGCAUCAUGCUUUUAUUCUGAAAGCUUCUCUGUGGAUUAAAUCGCUGGUACACACACACACACACACUGGAAAACACAAUGUUAAUGAGUUUGGUCUCCAGAGGGAAGAUAAUGAGGAGAAAGACGAAGUUCACAACACAACAAAGGGGAUGGUCAGGACACUGCUUCCUUCACCAAUUCAAUAUGAAUUAAUAUAACAACUGCUUGAACCAACCACUUAGUUUUUUUUGUGUUUGUAUGUUUCGUUUUUUUUUACAAACAACCUUUAUGCUGUGAUUAGGUGUCGAUGCACUUUGAUUUCAUGUUUGUCGGCUUCAGUCUCAUUUUGUCUCCUCGGUUGAAAAGGGUGAUCUAUGAUGGUUAAAGUUGGAAGUUCAGCCAUAAACACAGGACAUUUCUGCAUUCAGUGUUGUGAAAAACAUAAUUUCCUUAACUUAAAAGAUCAAAAGAGAAGGAGAUAUUUUAGCAAUCUUGAAUGCAGCUCGUGUCCAGAGCCACCUCAGUAAUUCUAACAAACCUGUAGGCCUGAGUGGACGGGAAGGUGUAAGCUUAACAUUUGUAAAUGUGGGACUACAGCAGUUUCAACUAAUAAGAAUCUGUUUGACUCCAAAUAGGAUGAAAUUUGUUCUCCCUUUGGCAAAUAUUCAAUUAGUUUAACUUGAUGAUCAAAACUUAGAUAUGAUAAUAUUGUGUUGUGCGUCCAGAACGACCUCACACUGUGCUAAAUCCUAAAAACAAAUCAUUUCUUCCCACAUACAGGAUAAGAUCAGAGGUUUAAAGUGAGCGGAGAUUGCCAUACAUACUUGAGUAACAGGACAUAGUAGGAAGGCUGUAAAAACACAGUAGAGACAGAAAAACAACUGAAUCUGCUGCAUCUAUUUCUUCUGCACAUCAGUAGUAAUUAUAGGUGUUUCUGUGCUGAGGGAAAACUUUAACCAAAUGACUCUUCCCUGUUACAUCUCGGUGUGCGUGAUCGCUGCUUUGCAUGCAGAAUGUGAAAUUGAUCUGUAAAGUCCACAUUUUGAGGCACUUUGUUUGGUUGUCGAAUGUUAUAAGGGUACGCUGUUAAUUCAGUUCAACUUGUACUCUGUGUGAAAUAAGCAAUCAUUUAAAAAAUAAGGCAAAAAAUGUCUGAUUCUUACUGUCAAGUCAUCUCAUGCUGAUGUCAGUUCUGCUGCACUAGUUUGGUCUCAGAGCACCCAGUGCACAUCAGGCCAGGGCAGAGAUUUUUUGUUUUUGUUUUUAAUAUUUAAUUCACACUUGCUGAAAUUUUCUGGCCAAUGUUGCCAACUUUUGUGAGGCAAACUAAAAUCAAGUGCACCCAAGUGCCAACUCUUUAAAAUGUCAUCUUUUGAACACUUUGAAAUAAUGUCGUAUUCUUCCCAGGUUUUUUUUUUUUUUUUUUUUUUUUUUUUGCACAUCAUAGGAAAUGGCUUUUGGCGUAAUUGCCAAGAUUUUAUUUCUUAUUUAGGUAUAUAACCUUUUCCCAAAAAUGAAAAAAACUUUCAAGGUGUUUUUAUACCUAUUUAACAAGACAAAAUUCUGCAUUUCUUCUGUUACAUGUGCAACAGUUGCCAGUCACAUUUGGGAUUUAUAGGAGUAAGUGAAAUGACCUCGACUCUGAUGGAGUCCACUGUGAAGGCAGAAGGAGAAAGGAGUAGCAACUGUUAAAUGAAGGGAGUUUAAUUUAAAAUGUUUUAAAUACAGUUUUAGUGAAGAAUUACUCCUUCAUUCUUUCUUUAUGUGAGACCAGACCUGAUGCAACUGGAUAAUCUGUACAUUAUAAUAAAAUGUUUCAGUUUGUUCUUGA